AUGACUGUUAGUAGCUCUUUAUCCAAUACAAACCCUCUGGUGGUUCGUGUGUUCUUGGUGAGACACGGUCAAACUGAUUAUAAUGUAAAGAAGAUUCUUCAAGGUCACAUAGAUAUAGAUGUUAACAGUACUGGCAUUGAUCAAGCCAAAAAAGUCGGAGAAAGAUUCAAAUCUGUUCCUAUUGAUGCUGUUUUUAGCUCUGAUUUGAUCAGAUGCCGUAACACAACAAAAGAAAUUAUCGAACACCAUCCUCACUUGGCUUCGAAAGUACAAUAUACCACUAGUUUGAGAGAAAGGAACAUGGGCCAAGUCGAGGGAAUGCACAUAGCAGACGCCAUAAAGAAGUUUGGCCAUGAUUUCCGUAACUUAGGUGAGAAGGAAGAAGACUUUGUAGGUAAAAUUUACAAGUUUUGGGAACUGGUUCUUGAUGAAAGUAUCGAAGAGAAUUACUCAAACUGUGUUUUAGUCACCCAUGGUGGUGUUCUUACUGCAUUUGCAAACUACUUACAUAGAAAUGGUUACGACUUGAGUCCAGAUUUAACUGCGGAAAACUUGAGAGUUCCAUUUAACACCAGUGUUACUGUUGUAGAUUUCAAUAAAGAAACGAAACAGGGUACUAUACAACUCUUUGGAGAGACUGCACACCUUGGCGAGCAAAAGGUGGUGACCGACCAAUUAUUACGUUAG